GUGAUGAGACCAACGCGUGUUUGAAAUGCAGUUGUGUUUUGGUUUGAAAAUAGGGUUGAAUUGAAAUGUUUUGAUAAUUAUUACAACAAUUAGUCGACAAUUAAGUGAAGACUGAGGGGAGAGAUGAGUGAAGAAGUGGUGAACAAGUCGUGUGUGGGAUGUGGUCUUCAGGCCUUCUCCCUCUUGUGUCCCAAUUGUAUAAAAUUAGGAAAAACUGAUUCCUAUUUCUGCUCUCAAGACUGCUUUAAGACUAAUUGGACUCAACAUAAGAUCAUUCACAAGACAUUAAUCAAUGGCAACAAAUCCAACGAUAAGUACAAUCCGUGGCCUAACUAUGAGUUCACCGGAAGCUUAAGACCGGUUUACCCGCUUUCGGCCAAACGGAUGGUCGCCGACCACAUCUCGCGCCCGGACUAUGCGGACCACCCUUUGGGCGAAUCCAAGUGCGAACAAGACAUCAAAGGGUCGACACAUAUCAAGGUGUUAACCGACGAGGAGAUAGAGGGCAUGCGAGUGGUGGGCCGUCUGGCGCGAGAGGUGCUGGACGUGGCCUACAGUGCCAUCGGUGUCGGUGUGACCACCGAUGAAGUGGAUCGACUCGUUCACGAGGCAACCAUUGAGAGGGACUGCUAUCCAUCGCCACUCAAUUACUACAACUUCCCGAAGUCGUGCUGUACUUCAGUGAACGAAGUCAUCUGUCACGGCAUCCCUGAUCUGAGACCUCUGGAGGAGGGCGACCUCUGCAAUGUCGACAUCACUGUCUUUCACAGAGGAUUUCACGGAGAUCUCAACGAAACCUUCUUUGUCGGCAAAGUGGCCGAAGAGAGCAAACGAUUGGUGACCGUCACCUGGGAAUCGCUUCAGAAAGCAAUUGAAAUUAUAAAACCGGGGGAACGGUAUCGAGAGAUCGGGAAUGUUAUUCAAAAACACGUUCAAAGCAACGGAUACUCAGUGGUUAAGAGCUAUUGCGGACACGGCAUUCACCGACUGUUCCAUACGGCGCCUCAAGUGCCACACUAUGCGAAGAACAAAGCGGUCGGAGUGAUGAAAGCGGGCCAUACGUUCACUAUAGAGCCCAUGAUAUCAGAGGGCACGUGGAGGGACGAGUGCUGGCCCGACGACUGGACGGCUGUCACCAAAGAUGGCAAGAGAUCGGCUCAGUUUGAACAGACGUUUCUGGUGACUGACACCGGGUGUGAAAUACUUACCCGAGCCGCGAGAGUGUUGCCAAACGGAAUAAAAUACCUAAUCGCAAAAUCAACAAUUACAUUCAAUUUGUUUCACUAA